AUGGACCAUAUGGGGAUCCUGGGGGCGCACUUGCAGCAGCACGCGCACUUGGAGCCCAUCAGCUUCGGCAUCGAUCAGAUCCUCAGCAGCGUGGAGCAGAGCUGCAUGCUGAGCGCGCGGAUGCACGAGGCGGACUACGGACACCCGGCGUACGGCGGCGGCACGGGCGGGGGCUUCGCGUGCAGCGGCGGGUACAACGGCGCGGGCGGCUCGUGCGCGGCGGCCGCGCUCGGGGGAACUUAUCACAUGAACAUGAACGGAAGUAACGGGACCCCCGCCGGGGUCAUCCGGGUCCCCGCGCACCGGCCCCUCAACGGGGGGAGCCCGGCCGUGGGGCCCGCGGGGAGCGGCCCCCUCAACAACCUGAGCGGCCUCACCUUCCCCUGGAUGGAGAGUAACCGGCGCUACACCAAGGACAGGUUCACAGGUAAACAACAACAACAACAGGAAUCAUUUUAA